AUGACAAUACGAGUAGCCAUUAUUGGAGCUGGGCCUGGUGGCCUGGUGACCCUCAAGACCUUGCUGGAGGCGUCCACGCCCGACCAGUCGAUCGAGGCGUGUCUCUUCGAAGCUCAAUCUGAUAUUGGUGGUACAUUUAACUAUCGAUCCUACGACAAUGCCGAAUUGGUGAGCAGCAAGCAAUUAACAACGUUCUCGGAUCAUCGCUUGCCGCUGGAGACUCCCGACCAUAUUUCACUGCCCGAGUACGUCGACUACCUCCGUUCCUAUGUCGAGCGAUUCAAUCUGGGUCCAUACAUCAAGUUCAACAGUCCCGUGGUUCGCAUAUCUCCGCUCCGGAAUGGCUCCGAAUGGGUGCAUCGAGUGAGCUACCUAGACCGGAACAACCCGGACCAAGCGAAAGAGACCGUCUUUGACUGCUCGCACAUUGCCGUCUGUACUGGCCUCCAUGUUGAGCCAAAUAUUCCAGAUAUCCCAGGCAUCGAGAAUGUCCAGGGAGAUGUGUUUCACUCGUCGCUUUACAAGGGCCGUGAUCAGGUGGCUGGCAAGAAGGUUCUCAUCUUGGGGUGCGGCGAGACGGCUAUGGAUAUUGCCUAUGAGUCCAUAAAAGCCGACGCAGAAUCAGUGAUGAUGUGUUUCCGCACCGGAUUCCUCUCCUUUCCCAAGCAGCUCAGCCGAUUUCAGGUUUUUGGGAAGACCUUCAGUGGAGGUCUUCCAAUUGACGGCCUCAUCACCAAUCUCUUUGAGACGGCAUACGUCCAUCGGGCGGUCGCUCAAAGCCGAAUUAGGUGGUUUAUCUCGGACUUUGUGAUCAAGCGAGUCCUCUGGUUCCUAACCGGAACACAGGCCGGUAUGAAUCAGCAUGUUGGCGCUCUUCCCAAAGAGCGACUUGGGAGAGCGUUUGUUUUUCUUAACAAAAGCAACAAGGCGAUGCCGUACCUGAAUCGUCCAUAUAAGACGCACAAUCCGUUUUUGGCGUUCAUCGGUAAUCGCUACAUUGAUCCCCCGGAGGAUGCUAACUCUGAUAGAUUUGUUGAUACUUGUACCUGGCCAACAUCUAUUGAUGAAACGGGAAGGGUAAAUUUCCAGGUGAAGCACGACAGAAAAGAUUGGCAGCGGCUGAAGGACAGAGAUAUUCGACCGAAUUGUGUCAUUUAUUGCUCAGGAUACAAACAAACAUUCCCCUACCUCGAUUCUUCAUAUCCCACGGCAUCAGACGCUCAAAUCCGAAACAUCGUCCACCUAUCACAUCCAGACAUCGCAUUCAUCGGCUUUGUCCGUCCCGGCGUGGGAGCCAUCCCACCCAUAGCCGAACAACAAGCGAUGUGGUGGACAGCCCUGAUCACUGGGCGCAUGCGGAUGCCUAUGGAUCCCGACCAUUACCAUCUUCUCGCCGCCAAGGGCUCUCGUAUACAAUAUGGCGUUGACCACAGCGCGUACAUGAGCACUUUGGCCAAAGACUUUGGUGGUGCACCUGGUCUUCUUGAACUAUAUUCUCGCCACGGCCUACAGAUCCUCCUUAUCUACUGCUUUGGUGCAUCGUUCGUGACAUUUUACCGACUGGUGGGGCCAUUCGAGUCAUCCGUAGCACCUGGCAUCGCUCGGACCGAGCUGGCCGAGACUAUUCUCCGGAGAGGUUACACUGGAAACCUUUUCUUUGGUUUGAUACCGAUGCUUUUCUAUGGAUUUGUCAAUUCUGUCGCUUUGUUAUUGGACUUGGUUGGACUGCUUCCUCGCGGGACUGAGAGCGAAGGUGUAUCUGGAAAGGGCGUCUAA